CUUCAGUAUAGUAUAAAAAUCACAGCAUCUGAAAAAUUAUAUAUUUUUUCAGAAGAGGAAAUUCAAGAAAAAAGAAUAAAAACAGAGCUUCGCUUACUGACAACCUUUAUACAACGUCUAGAUUAUCUGAAGAAUCAACACAUUACUACUAGUAUACAUUAUCGAUCAGAGUUCAGUGCUAUUAGGGUUAGUAUAAUAAAGUAGCAGGCAUGGAUAGAAAUAUUAAUUCAUUACAAGAGUGGCUUAACAAAACAGUAGACAUGAUUAUAAAGAGAAAAAGAUCUCAAAUGGUCGGCGAAAUAUCCGAUAAAUGGGAUAUACCUACGUUUAAAAAAAUAAAGGUUAAGAAGGAAACGAAAGAAUAUCUUGACUUAACACAGAGGUUCGAAGCAGCAGUAAACGAUGUUCUAGCUGGAGAAGAAGAGGAAUUGGUCGCUACGAAUUAUGAACUUGAUUUCGAGACAUUGCGUGACGAGGUAUGCCGCUUCAAAAAUUCUGGAGCGGAGACAUACGAGUACAAUGGAACCGGAAGAAUUUUUUCGUUUAAAGAAGAGCUACAGUUAUUGAAGAUCUUGGCCGCAAUUCCGCGAGCCGAUAUGUCACAGUGCAUAUGUCAGACCUGCUCAUUAAAACGAUUGCCGUAUAUGGCUUAUCGUAUGGCUAAAGAGAAAAAUAAGAUAUAUCCACGUGAGUGGGACUUGAAGCAGCAAGCGGGAAAAGGUUGGUUGAUAAAGUUCGAAAUAGAAUAUGAUUAUGAGAUCUUGAACUCAUUCCCGGCUGUAUGCAAGCUGACACCAAAUAAUUCAAGCGAAAUAAACAAAGAAGAUAAGCGACAAAAGGAAGAAAUAUAAGAAGAAAUUGUAGGAAGAUAUAUCUAUCACAGAUUCACAAAAUUAAUAGAUCAUUAUAGACAGAUUCUAAAAAGUAACACAAUAUUAAUGUUACAAUUUCAUA